UAGCAUUGCUCUACCCAACAUCUUCUUUUUGGGUACAAUAGGUGUAUCGUUACGUCGAACUCUUGAAGAAGAUUUGACGUCCCUUCUUCCCUACCAUGUUCCUACUUGUCCAAACCUGUCCAAUCCACAUUUAUAAAAACACAUCAAACUCCUCCUAAACCCCUCAGCAAGACCCUUCCUUUUACCUCUCCAAUUCAGUCCCUCCUUACAUUUCGAACCUGAAAAGCAAGAACCCACGGAAUGUGCUCCUUCAAGACGAAAGUCCACCAGGCCCCGGCUAUCGCACGGACCAAUGGGCGUCCUAUCCUCCAGCAGCAUCCUUGCAACCAAAUUCCCUCUCCCGAGCGACGUAAUUCGCUUGCCAAGAAGCCGCUGCCCCCGAGAUCCCCUCCGCAACUGCCCUACUCCACGGCAGAUUCACCAAAUGACCCUAGUCUUAUUCAUCUUGCUCCUACUGAUUAUGCUAAGCCAGCAUUGACCCCUCCUAUUUCUCCUAAGAAAAAAAUGCCAAGAAUCUCAACUUCGAAAAGAGGAAAUGAUCCGACAACUGCAUCUUCUGCCAUGCCCAGUCCUGGCAAGGUUUUGGCUCCGCAAUACACGACCAGGUCGACGAACAAAUCGGUCGGUCAAGCACUACCUCCUAGUCCUGACACAUCGUUGACCAGAUCAUUUUCGGGCCCCCCUGGUAGCAUCGCAGCUGCUAGGAAAGAACAAAUUGCUUCGUUGCAGGAGCAGAGGAAGCUGAAGACUGCCCAUUACGGAAGAGUUAAGCCUUUCAAGCGCGGGGGCAAAGUCGUUCCGCUCAACCCCUCUUCUGCUCUAGCUGUUGCCAACCGCGAGGAGAAAAGAUGUAGCUUCAUUACAGCUAGUUCAGAUCGUAUCUAUGUUGCUUACCAUGAUCAAGAAUGGGGAGUGCCCGUCCAUGAUGACAGAAACCUGUUCGAGUUAUUGGUACUGAGUGGAGCUCAAGUAGGAUCAGACUGGACUUCAGUCUUGAAGAAACGUCCAGUGCUGAGGGAAGCUUUCUCAGGAUUUGAUGCAGAAAUUGUGGCCCAAUACUCUGAAAAGAAAAUAACAUCACUGAAUAGUCUCUACGGCCUAGAGUUGAGCCAAAUUCGGGGAGUCGUAGACAACUCCAAGCGAAUUCUCGAGGUGACGAAGGAAUGCGGAUCUUUCGACAAGUACGUGUGGGGGUUCGUGAAUCACAAGCCGAUUGCCACGGAGUACAAGACAUGUCAGAGGAUACCGGUGAAAACAUCAAAAUCAGAGACGAUGAGCAAAGACAUGGUGAGGAGAGGGUUCAGAUAUGUCGGCCCGACCAUCGUGCACUCGUUCAUGCAAGCCGCUGGCCUCACCAAUGAUCACUUGAUUUCUUGCCCACGACGCCUCCAACUCCAGUGCCAUUAGUUACAAAUAUUAACUCUUCCAUGCAGCCAUAAAUACUAAGAAAGAAGAAGGCAUUGGAAGGACCCUGACAAAGGUGGAGCAAGAUGAGUGAAUAAUAGUGCAUGAGCAUCACACAAGCGAGCGACAGAAGAGGAAACAAAGAAGAUGACAGGUUGGAUGGACCUGUAUUUGCACCUGCUCUGUUCAAAUCCCUUAGAGCUUGAUCAAUUAAAUGACUGUCGAUUUGCUUUUCUGUUUUUUCCCUCCUUGAAAAGAGGAAGCGAACUUUGUUUUGGGUGUUUAAGUUGUGAGGAGGAAGAAAAGGGAAUGCUUUCUAGGGUUAGAUGAGAAGAGGAAGGAAAAGAAAAGGAAGAGAACUUAUCAUUUUGUGUUUGGCAGUGGGGGCAUAAAGAAAACCAUGUAAUGUGAUGUAACGUAAUGUAAUGAAGCAGAUAAGUUGAAAACCA